UGUUUUGAAGUUGUUGUUCUUUUCUGACAAGCGAUAACAACAACAAGAGAGAACUGCGUGGAUAGAUUAAAAAGAUGGAUAGAACUGAUCAGUGGUCUCAUUUACCUGAUGAUCUCCUUGAUCUAAUUGCAAAUCGUUAUUCCUCCAACAUCGACGUCCUCCGUAUCCGUAGCGUUUGUAAAUCAUGGCGUUCUGCGGUUGCGAUGUCUAAAGAGCGUCUUCAGUUUCGCUUUGACCAAGACCUUCUUACCUCCACCAAGGAAACAGAGGUUGCUCUCUUUCCCACAACUUACUUCCGUAUAACUCUCCCUUCUUCUUCUUCUUCAUGUCCUAACAAAGGAUGGCUAAUCCAAACCAGACAAGCUUCCAAAUAUCGUAAGAAGAUUAAUCUCUUGUGUCCUCUCUCCGACAAGAGCAUCACCCGUUCCCACCAAACCCUAGACCUUUUGAACGUUGGGGUUUCAGAGAUUUUCCAAUCUUUCAAGAUUGAGUGUGAGCCAUCAUUAAUAUUCUCUAGAUUUGUUUUCCUUGACAGUAUGUUUUUUGCAGUCGACAUAGAUAAGACAAUAUGGUGCUGCAAUACUAGAGAAGGAAGUAGAAGUUGGAACACAAUUAAAAACCAAUGUUGCGUAGAUUUCUCGGACAUUAUACAUCACAUGGGACAUAUCUAUGCCGUUGACAUAUACGGAACAAUUUGGUGUAUUGAUUUAUCACAACUUAGCAUUGCUCGACAGACACCUCCAAAUAUAUUCCACGACUAUAUAUAUGAUAGUAGCAUAGAGACGAGGCUCGUCGAAUAUUGUGGAGAUCUAUGCGUUGUUCAUCAUUUUAAAGAUUAAUUUAAAAAGAGUACCUUUGGUUUUAUAGUUAAUAAGAUGGACAAGGAUUUGACAAAAUGGGUUUAUGUUAAUUCCUUGGGAGACAAGGCACUCAUUGUUGCUUGGUCCAGUUGUUUUACUGUCGUAGCCUCUGAGUACCAUGGAUGUUUGAAGAACUCUGUCUACUUCCCUUAUUAUGAUGGAGCGACGGACCAGAGGGAAGUUCUUAAAGUGUACAAGCUUGACGAUGGUAGUAUCAUCAAGAUGACUGAUAUUACUUCUCAGAGUUGUUUUGACAUGUUCUCUCCUCCCUUCAUCUCAAACUAUUAA